GAGAGGAAGUGGUAGGCUAAAACGACAACACAAUCAUCCCACAAACAGGCUGUAACCGCAAACUGCGUUGAUCUGUGACGACUGGUUCAAACUACGGAUUAUAUCGGUUAGCUCGGUAGAUCUCGAAGUGACAGAUCAUAGCUUUACACUACAUAGUUUAGUUAACAAGGUCAUCUACUUUGGAGGUGCCAGGAGUAGAGAUAUACAAUGCCGUGGGAGCGCGUUGUCUUCGUUUCGAUUAUUCUUGCAGCUCUUCCUCAUUUGCUGUUUGCGUGAGUGGACGGAUCUGGAACGUGAAACUGUAUCGACAACUGUCAAUCUGUCAGCUAGCAAGCAAGCUAGCUGUAACGUUAGCUAGCUAAUACAGUUACUAAUUGGCAAUGGCGGACAUUGUUGGAGAAGAUACGAACGGUGCAAUCGGCUUAGGUGUCGUCGGUAGCCAAGGCAAUGGAACUCCACUGUUACCGAGUUUGGGCAAUUCGCUCCCCGGGCACUCGACGAGCGCAGCUAACCCUGCCUCACCGCCUCCUGCUGCGGCCGCGGAGACUGGCCUAGCCGUUAUAGCACCAGGUUCCACUGACACAACGUCUUUGGCCGUCGGGAGCGGUUUUGGAAACAUUGUUGGUGGUGUUCUUAGUACAGCAGUUGGUUUACCCAUAGCAGUACCUACCAACGUAGCUACCACCGCCGCACUUCCUAGCGGUAUCGGGUUGGGUGUCGCGGGGGUGGCCGGAGCGGGCCUCUUGUCCCAGAUCCACGCUACAUCCUGGGAUCCAACUUUGAGCACCGACUGGGACAAUGAGAAAGCGUCCCAGCAGUGUAUUCUCCGAAUCAAAAGAGAUAUCAUGUCCAUCUACAAGGAGCCGCCUCCAGGGAUGUUUGUGGUGCCCGAUCCUCACGACAUGACCAAGAUCCACGCUCUCAUCACUGGGCCGUUUGAUACCCCUUAUGAGGGAGGGUUCUUCCUGUUCCUGUUCCGCUGCCCUCCUGACUACCCCAUCCACCCUCCCCGCGUCAAGCUCAUCACCACAGGCCACAACACCGUGCGCUUCAACCCCAACUUCUACCGCAACGGCAAGGUCUGCCUCAGCAUCCUGGGGACCUGGACUGGCCCAGCCUGGAGUCCAGCCCAGAGCAUCUCCUCCGUCCUCAUCUCCAUCCAGUCCCUCAUGACGGAGAACCCGUACCACAACGAGCCAGGCUUUGAACAGGAGAGACACCCAGGAGACAGUAAGAACUACAACGAGUGUAUCCGCCAUGAGACCAUGCGCGUGGCCGUGUGUGACAUGCUGGACGGGAAGGUCACCUGUCCUGAUGCUCUGUGGAGUGUGAUGGAGAAGUCUUUUCUGGAGUACUACGACUUCUACGAGGGCGUCUGCAAAGAGAGGCUUCACAUGCAGGCACAGAACAUGCAGGACCCGUUCGGGGAAAAGAGGGGCCGGUUUGAUUACCAGGGCCUGCUGGCCAGGCUGAGCGCCACCCAGAGGCGGGUGAGGGAGAAGUGCCCUCCGGAGGACAACGAUGCCGACUCGGACUCGGACUCCAGCUCCUCCGGCACGGACCCAGACAGCCAGGGUAGUUCCCAGCCUUAACCACCGGGGGGCGCCAUGACACUGCAACACGAGCGCUCUCUCUCUGGUCUCCUUUUUUUCUUUUGGCUGGACGCUUUGGCUACAAGCGAUAUGAUUUGGGGAGGAUGUGGGGGAAUCGGGAGGCGGUUCGUGCUGCGAGGGGGGGGCCUGCGAUUGGUUUGAACCUCAGCCCGUGUCUGUUCUGAGUGGACGUUUGACUUGACCUCUCCUCCAAUGACGGCCUUUAGUUUUUCUGGGUCUGUUGACGUUGUUCAGGGAAGCCACUGUGGUAGUGGAGGGGAUGAGCGGACUGAGGGAGGACGUUUCUGUUGUCAUAAAGCAGUUUGUUGCUGUGUCUGCCUUCUGUUGUGUUUUUGUUUUGCUUUUCUCUCUACCUUUUUUGAUGACGUUAAUUAGGUCCAAAUGUGGCCCUUACAUUUGCUCCUGAUUACAUUUAACAGUUCCAUAUAAUAACACCCACAUACUGACAUAGAUAACACUUACCUUACUGUGUUGUUCUUAUGCAAUUUGACCAGGUUUACCCCAUUUAUUAAGUUGAGGUAACUUUUUUUACUAAACAGUUUGUUAAAGGACUUUGACAUCAUAUUCUCAACAAUUCUCCCACUAUUUGAACAAAACACAAAAUGACUAACACUACAUACCUAAUCUAGAAAUAGACAACAUUUAUCAUAGGUUUCUAAAUUGCAUUGAGUUGACAGCUAUGUGGUUGCAUAGAUGGACCAUUCUUAUUAGCUUCUUCCAUUGACCUCUUCUAUAGUUCUUCUGUCCAUAGUUCUGUAUAGGCAGCCGUAUCCCUCGGAUAUGCUCAGAUUACUUCUAGAUGUUAUGGAUUAACUCAUAAUUAAUCUAGACUAUGAGUAUACAAUUAUUUUCUUUCGUUUAAUCGCCUCCAUUGAUGCCAGUCCAAAACAGUAUGUACAUAUAUGAUACAUGUAUGACGCACCAAGAAAGAGGUUUUAAUUUUGACGUUGAAGUUAUUGUAAUGCCUUUCGAAGGACAUUUAUUGUCUUCAAAUUGUUAGGUGUGACCUGACCACUAAGCAUGGAAAUCGGGAAGCCUCUCUACAGGAUGUGCAUGUGAAGGGUGUUCUCUAAACCACCGUUUGAUGUUCGUGGCAAGCAGGGGGGGUGAAGGGUCAAACGUCGAGGGUGUUCCGGUUCCUUCCAGCGCCACAGUGCGAUGCUGUAGGACAGAUCAAUAUGGGAUUUGGCUAAUGUUGACCUCAUCCCAGAUUCAUAAAGUAGAGAAAUCUGCAGCAUAGUAAACUGUCAUUUUUCAUUAACUUCGAAAACAACAGUGUACACCCAUCUUGACCGUCUCCAGCUCUGUGAAUCGACUUAUAGAAUUAUAGACAUCAAGUAUACCCAGCUCUGAACUGUAAUUGGCAAUGAGAGACUGUUAUUGUUAACAGAUGUACACAACACAAGGAAGUGGCUAUCUUACUUUUGUUGUAGUUAAUUAAAUCUAAUAAAAAGGUGUUUGAUUUGUU